UUUCUGCUUUUCGAAGCGGUUACUUAUAAAAGAAGUGGAUCUUUGGGUAAUUCGCGCCAGUGUGAUUUUUUUAUGCGCUUAGUGACGGUCCAAAUAGUAGUUGGCAUAUUCUAGAAGAAAUGAUCAAAUUGGUAAUAUUCUCGUUGUUCCUGUUUUCGACAGUGCUUGCUGCUUCCCAGUCCGGCAAAGGCGAUGAGUCUUCUGCGAUAAUCCUAACGGACGAAUAUGCGUUGAAUCCAGACGGAACGUACCAGUACAAGUACGAAACAAGCAAUGGGAUCAGUGCUUCGCAGUCCGGUGGUGAAAACGGAUUAUAUGCCAAUGGUUACUUUUCAUAUUUGGAUCCGAACGGUAAUCGGGUGGCGGUAACCUAUCUGGCCGACGAGAAUGGUUUCCAGCCCCAAGGGGAUCAUCUACCGGUGGAGCCACCGGCACCAGAUCAUGUCAUUCAAACGUUGGAACUGAUUCGGGCAUCAGCAACACCAGAUUCCGGACUGGACAUUGCUACUCUGGACGCGACCAUCGCCCGAUUGAAAGCUACUCAGGGUCGAUGAGUGAGAGUGUGAGGAACGGUUGACCAAAUUGAGAACCGUCAAAAUGGCUCAUCAUUCACACUUUAGUAGAAAUUAUUAAAAGACUAUUUCUUUUAAUUAUUCCUUCUUAGAAACUUGAUCUUGAUCUUGAGCAAGUGAACUUCAAAUCCCUGUGAAUAAAAUAAUGAAUCAAGUAAACCACGAUCUUCAUUUUAUCUGUAUCGAUAAUCACCUCA